AAAAGAUAAACAAAUACGUAUCGGCAGCCCGCUCUCCCCAGCUCUUCUGCUCUCUCCAUCCUCUCGACCUCUCGCCGCCGGCCGAAUGGCGGUGUUUCGUGUCGGCAUGGCGGCCAUCGUCUCGGUGACGCCCUCCUCCGCCCUCCCCAGCCGCCGGUGUCUCCUCCUCCGCCGGACCACUGCCGCCGCUCCUCCUCGCGGCGUCCCCCUCCGCCCUCCACCCUCCGGCGGCCCCCGCCGGACUGCCCGCCCCGUCUCCGUAUCGAUGCCGGCCUCCUCCACGGAGGAGGUUCCCGUCUCCUCCUCUGCAGUUCCUUCUAGUGGAAUCGAGAAUUUGGUGAUCAUAGGUUCUGGUCCAGCUGGAUACACUGCAGCAAUUUAUGCAGCUCGUGCAAAUUUGAAGCCACUUGUGUUUGAAGGGUAUCAAAUGGGUGGUGUUCCAGGAGGGCAGUUGAUGACUACCACUGAAGUCGAAAACUUUCCUGGAUUUCCAGAUGGCAUAAGUGGUCCUGAUUUGAUGGAUAAGAUGCGUCGUCAAGCUGAGCGUUGGGGUGCAGAACUUUUUCAAGAAGAUGUUGAAUUUGUAGAUGUGAAGAGCAGUCCAUUUACCAUCCGGAGCAGUGAGCGUGAGGUAAAGUGCCACAGUCUUAUUAUAGCAACAGGAGCAACUGCUAAAAGGCUUAGGUUACCUCGUGAAGAUGACUUUUGGAGUAGAGGAAUAAGUGCUUGUGCAAUAUGUGAUGGAGCAUCUCCACUAUUUAAAGGACAAGUUCUUGCAGUUGUUGGAGGAGGUGAUACAGCUACCGAGGAAGCAUUAUAUUUGACUAAAUAUGCUCGUCAUGUGCACUUACUUGUUCGUAAAAGCCAGCUACGAGCAUCAAAAGCAAUGCAAGACAGAGUAUUCAACAAUCCAAAUAUUACCGUGCACUUCAAUACAGAAGCUGUGGAUGCCGUCAGCAAUAACAAAGGCCAGAUGUCAGGCAUUUUAGUAAAAAGAGUUGAUACUGGAGAGGAUUCAAUCCUAGAGGUAAAAGGUCUCUUUUAUGGAAUAGGGCAUACACCAAACAGCCGGUUGUUAGAAGGUCAAGUCGAACUUGAUAGCUCAGGCUACAUCUUAGUCAAAGGAGGGACGGCAAAAACUUCAGUUGAAGGUGUCUUUGCUGCUGGUGAUGUACAGGAUCAUGAAUGGAGGCAAGCGGUAACUGCUGCUGGAUCUGGAUGUAUCGCUGCUUUAUCAGUGGAGAGAUACCUAGUUUCCAAUAAUCUCCUUGUUGAAUUUCACCAGCCUGUAGCUGAAGAGGUAAAGAAGGAAGUUACAGACAGGGAUGUAGAAAUGGGUUUUGACAUAACACGGACAAAGCACAAGGGCCAGUAUGCACUAAGGAAAUUGUACCAUGAAAGCCCAAGGCUAUUAUGUGUUUUAUACACUGCACCAACAUGUGGCCCUUGUAGGACUUUAAAACCAAUUUUAGGCAAGGUAAUAGAUGAAUUUGAUCAGAAUGUACACUUGGUUGAAAUUGACAUUGAGGAAGAUCCUGAAAUUGCGGAAGCAGCAGGAAUUAUGGGAACACCUUGUGUGCAAUUUUUCAAACAUAAGGAAAUGCUCAAGACUGUGUCUGGGGUGAAAAUGAAGAAAGAAUACAGAGAAUUUAUUGAGGCAAACAAAUGAGCGGAGCUGUUUAACUAUGCUUAAUAAUUUUUACAUUCAUUUACUCUGUUUUGAUCUUUCAUGCUACCAUUUGAAAUGGCCAAUUUUUACGGGUUUUUCCAGAUCUAAAUCUGUACCCUAAUUAUUUAUAAUAUAUCAACUUGAAAAUUCCCUCAUUUGCUAAGGAAAUUCUGUUG